AUGUCUGGGGGCGUCGACUCCGCGGUCGCCGCGCUGCUGCUGCGCCGCGCGGGCUUUGACGUGUUCGGCAUCUACAUGCACAACUGGGACGCGGGCGACGAGGCCGGCGGCAGCGGCGCCGGCGCGUGCACGUCCGAGCGUGACCUCCAAGACGCAAAUGCAGUUGCCAAGAAGCUGCGCCUGCCUCUGCUGGAGGCGGACUUCGUCGGACGCUACUGGCAGGACGUCUUCUCCGGGUUUCUGGCCGGCGUUGCGGCGGGGGUGACGCCGAACCCGGACAUCUCAUGCAACGCGGCGAUCAAAUUCGGGGCUCUCUGGGAGUUUGCCACGCGCCAAGGGGCGGACGUCCUGGCCACUGGUCACUACGCCCGUCUGGGGCGGCCGGCGGCGAGCGGUGCCUGCGCCGGCAGCAGCGGCGGCGACGGCAGCGGCGGAUGCGGUGCAGCCGUGGAGCCGCUUGGGGGGAUGGAGGCUUGGGCGGCGGGGGCCGGCGCGGCGGCCCCGCCACUGCUGCUGCGUGGCGCGGACGCGUCGAAGGACCAGAGCUACUUUCUGGCGGGCGUCUCGGGCGCGCAGCUGGCGCAUGCCAUGUUCCCUUUGGGCGGCAUGCUCAAGUUGGACGUGCGGGCCCUCGCGGCCGCGGAGGGCCUGCAGCCCGCCGCCAAGCGCAGCAGCGCCGGCAUCUGCUUCAUCGGCCGCCGCAGCUUCGGCAGUUUCAUAGAGCAGUACAUACCGCAGCUUCCCGGCAGGUUUCUGUGCGCCGAUACUGGGGCCGACCUCGGGCCGUGCGCCAACGUGCUGGCGCUGACGCACGGGCAGCGCGCGCCGCUGGGCGGCGGGCCCCAGCGGCGGUUCAUUGCCGGCAAGGACGUCGCCGCGCGCGUGGUGUGGGUCGCGGCGGGUAACGACCACCCGGCGCUAAUGAGCGCCGCCGCGCUGCUCGCGCCCGCGCGCUGGGUCGCGGGCGCGCCGCCGGGCGCGCUGCUCGGCGGCGGGGGCGGGGGCGGCGGCGGGCGGCUCGCGUGUGAGUGCCAGCCUCGGUAUCGACAGGAGGCCGUCUCUUGCGUCGUAACCGACGCUGAGUCAGCAGGCGCGGCCGGCGGCGCCGACGCCGAGCUGCACGCCAGCGCGGAGCCCCUCCGGCCCUCCCGGUUCAUGGGGGGCGCCGCGGGCAUGGCGGCCGCCGCGCGCGUCCUCGUGCCACAGAGCGGUGGCGCUGCGGCGGCGCCUGGCGGCGGCGGUGCUGGCUUGCUGCGCCUGGCGUCUGCGCGGCCCUUGCGGGGGCUGGCGCCGGGGCAGGCGGUGGUGCUGUAUGACGGCCCGGUGGUGCUCGGCAGCGCCCCGCUGAUCGCACCUGGAGAGACACAGUUUGAAUUGGAGGCGGCCGCGGGCGCCGCUCACCCCUUCGGGCCCUGA